GUGUGUGUGCUCACAUGAGCCGCUCUUGCCCUUCUGCGCGUGUGCCACUAGUCUGUGUGUCUUUGAGGCAAAGAAUAGAAAAGUUAGGGCAAAGUCUGAGUCAGCUCAAACAGCCACUAGACACUCGCAGCAACAACUGCGGUCCCAGUGAGCAGGUUUCUCCCCUCGUUUUCUUUUCUUUUUUUUCCCCCACUGCUCUCUGUCAUUCUCUCUCUCUUUCUCUCUCACACACACACACAAAAAACACACACCACAACCACCACCCGUCACUCCUGGCAGAAGGAAGACAGGACCACAGGAGAAUUGUUGCACACCUUCACUAACCAGCGACUCACCCGGCCACCAACAGACCCUUUGACCAGGAUGUGGACGCUUGUCUUGGGGGUCACCUUUGGAUUAUUGGCCUCCUACGGGUCGGAAGAUAUUCCAGUGACUUCCCGCAGCUGCAGCUAUGGCGGGGUGUUUCUGGUCCAGGGAGCGACCCGCCACUCUCUGAACUUUGAGGCGGCUCGAAAUGUGUGCGUCCAGCUGGAGAGCGUCCUGGCGAGUGAAGCACAAGUCAAGAAGGCCUAUGAUAAGAAGAUGGAAACAUGCAGAAACGGCUGGACCAACAAUAUGACCAUUGCCAUACUCAGACACUCACACCAUGCAAACUGUGCACAGAACGCGACGGGCUUCUUUAUUCAACAACAACAACAACAAGACCUGUAUGAUGCAUACUGCUUCGAUGAACAUGCUGGGCCUGAGAAGAACUGUACGAAAGAAUUCGUACUAAAACCAGCUGAGCCCUCAUCACAGCCAGAGGACCCAACAAUAACAGGAAGCCAGGAAGAAAUCACCUCAGCAACCGAACCAGUGGAUGUGUAUGAAAAGUACACAGUCAGUCAAAACACAGAGACCCCGGCCACCUCGGAGACCCCGGCAGUGAAAGAAAACCCCUCUGGAGGGAGUGACAACAGCAGUAACGGGUCCACACUCACUACGUGGGACGACCAGACCGCUGGCUCCGGGGCGAUGGCUACCACCUCGGAGGAAGCCCCCCCGCCGACUGAAACACAAACUCCUACUGACAACGAUCAAACGAAAGAAACCGUAACAAUAGUUCCACAACAGCCACCUAAAGGCGAAGGACGUGUCCUGGCUCCGAGUGGUGUACCGGAUCAACAGGAAGGCAGUUCAGCGAACUGGCUCGUUAUCAUUGCAGUGAUUGCGGCCGUCGCCGUUAUUCUUCUCGUGUGCGCAGUCAUUGCCAUGAGAAAGAGCAAAACGCAGACCCUGAACAUCACAUCCAAAAACGGUGGCGAGGGAAAUGGGGCCGCGGCAUCCGCCUCCGGCUCCCACGCCCAGGAGAGAGAGCAGGAAAUGGUGACCCUCAUGAACAAGGAGAAGAUCCAGGAGAACGGCGCCACAGAGGAGUUCACCGUCAUCACGCUGGAGGAGUCGCCAGAGAAAGAACAGCUGGCGUGAGAGAAACGGGUAGUAGGAGAGUCAGUGGGGAUAGGCAGGGUGAGAGGGAGGAGAUGGUCAGGAGAUCGGACGGAUAGGGGCCCCAAACAACACACUGGGGUGAGAAACUCCUCUAGUGGCCAGGCACCAGAGAAAGAUUGUCUGACCGAGGUUCUGUUGUACUGGGUCUGCAGGGUCUUUAAACCCGACGUGUGCUUCAUUGUGUUAGUCUGGAAUGCCAGCUUAGCCAGGACCGAACGGCGGUCAAAGGGCAUCAGGCGUGGUGCAGGGCGGUGCGUUGAUGUGGCGAAAGGGGCGUGAAUGUGUUUCGUGUCAGCUUGUACGCUUUGUUGAUGAUCAUGCGUUUUCAGGGGAGGGGUAAUGGGGUUCUAAUUUGGGAAUAACAUUGAUGAUGAUGAAAUCAUUGUCUUUUUUACAAUUGUUUCAUCCUAAAUGACAGAUGAUAAGACAAUGAUGAGAACUGGGUUAUUAUGUUUGAGAUACUGCGCAUAGAAAAAAAAUCAUAAUUUUGAGCAAAGCAACCUUGUUUUACAUGUUUUACAUGACCGCUUUGUUUUGUUUGCUUAUUGUUGUAACCGUGUGUAUGUUUUUAGACAUUUCCUGUGGACUGGAGUUUUACAUUUUCAAGAUGUUUGGGGAUGUCAUUGCCUUAAUGUGUGCAGCUUUGAAUCCCUUUUUUCUUAGCUUCUGUAUAUAAAGUAUACUGUAUGUUUUUGGAAAUGCCUUAGCAAUAGCUGCCAGUGCUGUUUGUAGGUUGCUAGAAAGGGGCUUUUCAUCCCUUUUUAAAUAAAAGAAUGUCAUUAUGGAGGGUUAUUUAAUUAGAAGACAGUACUUCCAAAGUACAUUUUGUAAAUUUAUUUAUUUAUUUAGAUUUUUUAUCAAUCACCUUGACGUAUAGCAUCCAAAACUGUGCACUUGAUGCACCACUGAAGUCAGUUUACUAUGGUAUACAUUGUAUUGGGUUGGGAAUAAUGAGCAAAUCCCAAAUGUUAGGAAAGGUAGCAUUAUAAAUAUGACGUAUACAUACUAUAUACACAAUGUGUACAUUGAUUAAGGAAAAAUUAAGUGAGUGACAGCCGCCCUGCUUUAGAUGACAAACUACAGGGGCCUAUGCCAAUGUCUGUGAGUUUAACACAUACCAAUAUAAAGGUUUCUUCACAGAGAACAGGGGUGUGACAAUGUUGUCUCCGUGAGGAAUUGUGUGACGAAAGAAGCUUGUGUGCUUGCCGAGGCCCCAAUGUGCCAGUUGUUGUGCGUUUCCCUCAUGUAAACAAAAAUAAUGCCGUUUUUUACUGUCCUCAUUGGUGAGACACAUCAAUGUCUCAUCAAUAUUGUUCCCUUUGGGAUAGCUAAAUAUUUCUGGUUCAGCAUGGACACGCAGACUUACAUACAGCAAUAGCAAAAAUAACUUCUUUUUUUUCUUCAUAUUUGCUCUCAUGAUUCCUUUUGCGAAGUAGCAAAUGUUCUUGUCUAGGCAGGCUUUAUCACAAAUUAACAAAAGAUGUCGCUGAAAAGAUUUGUAAUAGGACUGCCAAAAAUAAAUGUGCAAACAAAAAGA